AUGGCGAACGAAAAAGAAACAGCUACGACCGCGCAAAAGCCAAUGGAUGUCAUCAUUAUUGGCGGCUCAUGCGCCGGCCUCAUGUCUGGAAUUCUCUUGAAACGAAAAGGUCACAACGUGCGCAUUCUAGAAGUGGCCGUAUCAUCCGAACGCGAAGCACUGGCAGCGGGUAUUGGCCUUCAGCGGGACGUGAAGAGCUUCUUCGAGGUCGAAGAUGUGCUGAGGCCGAAGCCAUUGGGCGUUGUCAAUCCUGGCUUCAGAGUACUGGACGAGAAAAUGGACGUGAAGUAUCAGCUUCCUGUCAGCCUCAAUUUGACCUCUUGGGAUGCGGUGUACUAUCGCCUACGUGCCAACUUUGACGGCUACUCCAACUUAUACAACCCUGAAUUGCCGCCUCACGCGCGCGAUGCCAAGGAGGGAAGCGUCGAGUUCAUCACGGGCAAGAAGGCGCUGAAAGUCGAAGACGUCAAAGGCAGGAUGACGGUCUUUGCUGAAGACGUCCGGACUAAGGACAAGACGGAGUACACUGGCGAUCUGGUCAUCGCAGCAGACGGCACGAACAGCACCAUCCGGCGACAGCUGAUGCCACGCCUUCAACGUGAAGAACCAGGCUAUGUUAUCUGGCGAGGCACCAUCCCCACCAAGAAUCUGUCCCAAGAUAUACUGGACAAGAUCGAGAACAAGCCACUGGUCUGCCCUUACAAGCACAACUACCUUGUGAUCUACACCAUCCCCGGCGAAAAGGGCUCCCUCGAACCAGGCCAACGCGAAAUCAACUUCGCCUGGUACUUCUGGCCCAAAGACCUCUCGCUCAAAGACAUCAUGACCGACGUCGACGGCCACCACCACCGCACCACAAUCCCCAAAGGCAAAAUGCGCCCCUCCAUCUGGCAAUACCAAAUCGCCCAAGCCCGCCGCACGCUCAACCCCACCAUCGCCACGCUGGUCGAGAGCACCCCCGCCCCCUUCGUCAGCGUCGUCUCCUCCAUCGCGGCGCCCAAAGCCGCCUUCUUCAACAACCGCCUCUUCCUCGUUGGCGACGCCUUAUGCCAACCCCAGCCCAACAUCGGCAUGGGCACGACCCUCGGCGCGUACACGCUCACCUUGCUCGUCAACCAAGUCAUCUGCCCCAGCGACGGCAAACCGCCCCUCGACCCCGACAACGUCGCCGAGUGGGAGACUAAAGUCCUGCAGGAGUGCGAUGUCACGCGCUGUCGCAGCGUGGCGUUUGCGAGCUGGUAUCUGAACACAUGGCCGAAGAUUGCAGUGUACUAUCUCAGGUAUUAUUUUAAGCUGUAUUGGCAGUAUUGGUUUGGCAGGAGGACGAGGGUGUUUACAUCCAUUGGUAGUAGUAGGUAA